AUGCAUGUAAACACAGAUGUCAUGCGAGCUACCCACCCGGCCUCCUCAUUCAAACUGGAACAUACAGAGGAGCAUACAGAGGAGCAUACAGAGGAGCAUACAGAGGAGCAUACAGAGGAGCAUACAGAGGAGCAUACAGAGGAGCAUACAGAGGAGCAUACAGAGGUGCAUACAGAGGAGCACACAGAGGAGCACACAGAGGAGCACACAGAGGAGCAUACAGAGGAGCAUACAGAGGAGCAUACAGAGGAGCAUACAGAGGAGCAUACAGAGGAGCAUACAGAGGAGCAUACAGAGGUGCAUACAGAGGAGCAUACAGAGGAGCAUACAGAGGAGCAUACAGAGGAGCAUACAGAGGAGCAUACAGAGGAGCACACAGAGGAGCAUACAGAGGAGCAUACAGAGGAGUAUAGGUGCUGGUAG